CUCGUUUUGAAAAAAAGGGUGCAAUGGUCACGUGGAAACCAUGGCGCCCCAACAGGGCUUUUUCUUUCAAAAGAGGCAUCCCAAAAGGACCGCACCACACCCACUCUGUCCACACAUCCACCCCAGACUUAUGUACAGCCGACACUCAUUAAUCCCCAGCCGAACCAACAACCGUCUUCCGCUACCAAUACAUUUCUCACUCGAUUUAGACGAAGACGAUCAGGAUGGUUCGCGAGAGUCUAUUGACCACUUGGAGGAUAACGGGGUUGGUGAUCAGGAUGAGGACACGAUAAACAAUUCGAAAUUGCUUCAAGACGACAAGGCAGGCAAUAAGGAAGAGGAACACGAGGAGAAACACGAAGAGGUACACGAAGAGGAACACGAAGAGGAACACGAAGAGGAACACGAAGAGGAAGUAGAGGAUGACGGACCAUACGACGAAGAAUCCGACGAAUAUGAAUACGAAGAUGAAUACGAAGAUGAAGACGAAGACGAAGACGAAGUCGAGGAGGAUGUACCAGGUGAUGAAGAAUACGAAGAAGAGCUGGAUGACAGUCUUCACAGCUGGAAAGAAGACACAAGACACUGCGACAGCGAGGACGACGGCUUGAAGGGCAGUGGAAGGACGCUGGAUGAACUCCGAGAAGAAUCCCUGCAGCGCUUGGCCGAUGCUUGGUCAGAUAUCUUUGAACGCUAUGGCAGGGACCAAUCCGAGCUUCCGCCAGACGACGUACUCGACCUCAAGACAGGGACUCUUAUAGUCGACAAUGGCUUCCUUAGGUCGCGCAAGACAACGCUCUUUGGUACACUGACAAGGCUCGGUAAGGAUCUCAAGCAACCACUGAUGUCUGAGCGCAAGUGGCUCCAAGCUGGGAUCGGAAAGAGAAGAAGGCCACGUAUGGACUCCGAAAGCGAGGAUGAAAAGAUACGUCAUCAUCGCGACAGUCGUCUUCGGCCACAUACCAGCAAGCGCCAAAUGCCCCAAAACGAAGAACCAUGGAACAAUGUUAACGGUACAUUCUCGAAGCGGCCGCGCUCUGGUGAAGAUCGUAUGAGCCGCUCAUCGCCUCCAGGGCUGCUAUACUGGGAGACCCCGCCGCUUUCUCCCGCAUCUGACGAGGAUCUUGUCAGCGCACAGCACCAUCAGGACGAGUGUGAGAGCGAUAAAGAAGCAAGAUGUGAUGAGGACAGCUCUGGCAUGAUGAUGCAUGAGGACAUUUAUGGCGAACAUCAGGGGUUCAAUUAUAAUAAUGUUGAAGAAGAGGGAGAAUUCAGAGACGACGAUUAUGCGCGGGAACGAGAGGCAAUGGUCCUUGACGAUGUUCAUAUGACGGAGCAGGACGAACGCGAUGAGGCUAAGGAUCGGGCGAACAUGGCUCAAUGGCGGCCAGUGAUGCUGCCGCAAACAAAAGUGUUGCUGCAGUCGCUCCUGUCCAAGGUGCCGCUCGUCUCAAAAGACAUCUAGGUGCCUUUCCGCAUAGCAUGCAAGAAAGACACUGAAAUGACAGACUACUACUCGUACGGUGCACAGGAACUCAUCGUUGCACGGGCGACUCUAUUUCUGAAACAAAUAAAAUUUUCAGAUCACCCC